GAAACUGGAAUUGAACUUCAAAUUCAGAAAUGAAAUUACAUUGAAAUUGAAAUUUGUACCUAUUGAAUAAUUGAAUAUUAUUGUUUACGUUUAGUGUUUAGAUUAGUUUUUUGAUGUAAAUAUUUCAAAUUUGUUGCCUAUCUUUGAUUUUCUUAUUCAAUCAUCCAAUUCCCUUUUUGAGUUUCUGAAUUCAAAUAAUUUGAAUUGAAAGCUCUGAUGAAUGUAUCAUUAAAAUAUUUUCUAUAAACUUAACAGUAAGUACUAAGUCUUAACUAAAUCACUCACCAUCUCGUUAGAGUAAAAGUGUUCUGUGCUCACCAUGUCGUCACCGUUGGAAAACCUGGAGACGCAAUUGGAAAUGUUUAUUGAAAAUGUGAGACAAAUAAGAAUUAUAGUGAGUGACUUCCAGCCUCAGGGACAAAGCGUUUUAAACCAGAAAAUUCAGUCCUUAGUAACUGGAUUGCAGGAAGUGGAUAAAUUGAAAUCGCAAGUUCAAGAUAUUCAUGUACCAACAGAAGUAUUUGAUUACAUAGAUCAAGGCCGCAAUCCACAGUUAUAUACCAAGGACUGUAUUGACAAAGCUUUAGCCAAGAAUGAAGAAGUUAAGGGAAAAAUUGACUCAUACAAAAGAUUCAAAAGUCACCUGCUAGGUGAACUGUCCAAAACAUUUCCCAAUGAAAUAAAUAAGUAUAAAGCAAUAAGAGGUGGUGAAUAAGUACCGGAGAUGUUGUUCAGUUAUUGUAGUUUUAUUUAAAGAAAGUAAUUUCAAAUCUGAUAAAACCGUUUUAAUGUA